AUGCUUGUGGAUACCUUUUAUAAGUAUGUGAGGGCGCUCUGCAUGCUCCGACUCUCUUCUGUCAGCGCUGCUCUGCGUCCUCCUCAUUUCAUCUCGAAAGGCUAUCGUUUGUCAAGAAGUGUUCCGAGCCUAGUCUGCCCACAAUGGCACCCACCGGAAAGACGGUGUACAACUGGUACAUCUCGCUUGUAGCAGCCUCUUGUAUGGUGCUCUACGGCUACGAUGCAUCCACCUUCAACGCCCUGCAGAACUCGAAAAAUUGGAAGAACUACUUCAACCAUCCCAAUGAAAACAUCAUCGGUGCCAUCAACACUUCCUACACUGUCGGAGCCGUCGUGGCAGGAUUCUUCUUCGGUGGGCCCCUGGCUGAUUGGGCUGGCCGAAGAGUUGGUAUGGCGGCUGGUGCCAUUCUUGUCAUCGUCGCAACGUUCAUGCAAUGCUUCGCGCCACGAGGAAACGUUGGAGUCUUCAUCGCCGGCCGUGUGGUCAUCGGUUUGGGCCAAGGUUUGGCUUUGACUGCGGGUCCCAUUUAUAUUGGAGAACUGUCACGACCCGAGGUCCGAGGAACCAUCAUGUCUUUCUGGCAGAUGUUCUACUCUGUUGGAUCGUUCAUUGCGUACUGGGUCGGCUACGCGACGGCAAAACAUCCUGCCAAGCUCGGCGAUUGGGAUUGGAAGAUGGUUGUCAUCUUCCAAUUGCUAAUGCCCAUCCUCAUCCUCGCACAAGUCUUUUUCAUCCCCGAGACUCCCCGUUGGUAUAUCCAGCACGGAAACCGCAUAGAUGAUGCCCGUAGAUCGCUCCACAAGGUCCGUGACACCGAGCAGGAAGUGGAGGAUGAGAUCCUCUCCAUCCGUGAAGCUAUCGAAUUCGAAGCCGAGGCCAUCUCCAGCAACUAUUCCGCUCUGUGGAAGGACAAGUCUAUCCGGAAGCGUCUGUUGCUGUGCAUGAUCCUCAACGGUGGACAGCAGAUUACCGGACAGGGUACCCUCAACUCGUACUCAUCCAUCAUCUACAAGAAGGUGUUCAACGACCCGGCGAAGAUCGCUCUUAUCAACGCACUGAAUGCCACUUUCGGUAUCAUCUUCACCCUCAACGCUACGUGGACAGUCGAUCGUUUUGGUCGCAAGUUCUUAUUCAUCGUCGGUGGAAUUGGCAUGGCCUGCUGCAUGAUUGCUGUCGCCGCCGUUGGAUCCGAAACACCCUCGCCUGGCGGAGCUAAGACCCAACCUGUGGGCAUUGCCAUCGUCUUCCUCAUGUUCUUCUUCGCACUCUUCUACAAGCCGUCUUGGGGUGCCACCGUCUGGAUUUACACAUCCGAGAUCUUCUCAAUGAACGUGCGCGCGCAGGCCGUCGGCAUGUGCUCGCAGACCCAGAACGUUGUCAACUCGAUCGUGCAGCAGUUCUUCCCCAUCUUCCUCAAGAACUGUGGCUGGUUCGUUUUCUACUUCUUUGCUGGUAUCAACGUCCUGCUCGCGCUAUUCGUUGUCUUCUUCAUCCCUGAGACGAAGAGGGUCAGUCUUGAGGAGAUUGAUACUCUAUUCGGAGGAACCAACCACGUCGAGGCGGGUGGAGAGCUUGUUGGCGUGAAGGAUCCGCACCACGCUCAGAUUGAGAGGGUCGAGAUUACCGAGGAGAAGAGGGCGUGAAGAUGAGGACAUAGCCAAGUGAAGACGCCGGUGAUAAUGAACGAAGCAUGAUGGAGCACCGAUGCGAAUACCUAUCUUUGACAGAAUAAUGGAAACUGAUCAUUGUACGCUU